GUUUGGUUUACUCGUAGACGACCUACUUGGUAGGGUAGAAGUGCAUAGGACAGGUCGAGUCUGAUUAGCGGCAUUUGUGCCGUGUCUCUAUGGCCAUGCCGCAUCCAGAUGCCAACACCAAAGAUGACGCUGCGAAACGAACAGAAAGUGGAAUCACCGUCACCGUGCACGGUGAAGAUACCAAGAACCUGGAAAGGAGCUUGGACCAACUGUCUCAUCAUCCCAACGCACCGGGUCUUAUGCGUCUGGUUUCGCCAUUGUCUUUGAUGGAGCCGGUAGGUGCCAACAUCCAAAAUGACCAUGAUCAUGGUCCGGAGAAGAGAAGCUUUCCCGCUGCCGUGGCUUCUGCGGUGAUCAACCACAUGCUGAUGUUUGGUAUGUGUUGCGCCUAUGGGAUGAUCAUCUUCAGUGAAGAAAAGCAUUCCGACCACCGUGCGCUUGGAGUGAAGAUGUGUUUGGUGGCGGCCUUCGUGGCCGGCGGCUUGAUGUCGAUUUGCUCGGGGAUCCCGGUGGCCAUCGGCGGCACCGACCUGAACCCGGCGGUCUUCUACGGAGACUUCGUGAUUGCCAUCGCUACGGAACUCUCUAAGCAGCUUCAACUGGAUGGCUAUGAUUACGCAGACUGGGAAGGAUCGUCUGGCAGAAGGUUGGCCAAGGUGGACAAGACCAAGUAUUUCUGCAAAGGCGGCCACUUGGCCCAGUUUGCCAAUGAGUGUGCGACUUACCAUGAGGAGCUGCGUGCCACAACCAUUUUCGCCGUUGCAUUUUCGACGUUGCUUCUGGCCAUCCUUUGGACGGUGUUGGGGAAGCUCAAGCUCACCCGCUACGUGAGUUAUAUGCCCUACAGCAUCUCCGAGGCGUUCCUGGCUUGCGUUGGCUACAAGGUCUUUUACUAUGCCCUGAAGUUUUGUGACAUGCAACCUCAGCAGUUCAUGCCAGCUGCUUUGAUUGGCAUCGCCCUAUACUUUGUCAAGGCGUUGCAUCUCGGCAAUCCCACCAUCAUGAUGCCUUUGGGCCUACUUGUGCCUCUGGGGGUGUUCUGGGGGAUUGUGUUUGGUAUGGGAGACACUCCCACCACGAUGCGCGAUCAAGGGUGGCUUUUCCCCAUCGUCGGCAACGAGCCCUUCUGGUGGGUGUGGACAGACAGCCUGGGGAAAUACGGAAGCAUCAACUUCAGUGCAUGGGUGACAACCCUGCCCAAUCUGGUCGUGAUGAUCAUUGUCUCCACCAUGGAUUGCGUGCUGAAGAUCCAUGCCACUCCGAGCAAGCUGCCAUUGCGAGUUGACAGUGAUAAAGAGUGUUUGAAGUUUGGGUCUUUCAACUAUAUCCUGGCGUGCUGUGGUGGUGCGACUGGCUACAUGCAGUUGAAGUUCAACGUGAUCAGCUAUGGUGUGAUGAGAAAUGCUCACGAUCGAAGGGCAUCAAUGAUCUAUGCCAUGCUUUGUGCUGCCUGCUAUUUUAGCACCGUGGAGCACUUCAACUACCUGCCCAAAUUUUUCCUGAGCGCCCUGCUCUUCUUUGCGGGCGCCGGCUUUGUUACAGACAAUCUUUGGGGAUCUCGAAAGUUCCUCCACGUGAGUGAAUGGCUUGAAAUCGUGAUCAUUGUCAUCGUGUUCAUCAUUGCUGGCCAGAGCAUGAUUUUUGCAGUGCUCACUGGAGUGCUUCUGUCUGGAGUCGCAUUCAUAGCCAAGUAUGCCCGUGUGCCGGCCAUUACGGGGCGGCCUCGCAAGGGCGAUGAAGUGACCACACGGGAUCGGCCGGUGGGAGAGGUUGGCCACCAGAGCUUCAUGCACAUCGCUUCAGAGUGGGUUAUGAUCGUGAACUUGAAGGGCUAUGUGUUCUUCAGCUCCUGCGUCUCAAUUGUUCAACGCAUUGAAUCUCAUUUCAACAGAGAAGAUCGCCAUGAUGUGCCCAGCUACCGGCGAUUGAAGUUUUUGGUCUUCGAUGCGAAGAGCUUGGAUGGCAUGGAUGCUUCUGGAGCCAUGAGCAUGUUGAAGCUCACACGAAAGGCUCAGCAGCGCGGCAUCCGCGUGUGCUGGGCUGGUGUGUCUGAUGAGCUGGCCGAGGAGAUGCAGGUCCGUCAAAUCAUGAAGGAACAAGAUCGCUUUCAAGACCUGCAUUCCGCCAUGACCCACUUGGAGAAACGCAUCUUGCAGUACAAGGCUCAGCAGCAAAGAGAAUGGAUGCAUUUGCACCCUGCUUUCCGCAGAGACAAGAAGCUCAUGGAUCAGCGUGUCGACUUCGAGCCCUUUAGGGAAGUUUUCCUGUCCGAUGGCGCACGCAUGGGAUGCCCUUGGCGCUACUGCAGCCGUUUGAGCAUCAAGAGUUUCAAAACGAUGCUUUGCGUGCCUGGAGAUUUGCACCGACCUCUCUAUCUCAUCCAUACAGGGGCCAUUGCCAUCCUGGAUGCAGUGCCAGAAGAAGGGAAGGAGUGGCAAACGCCGCGCUUCGUAUUGAGGCAGGGCUGGUUUGUGAAUGCAAACUCCUUGGUGGGUCAGCCAUCCAAUGGCUAUGCUGUGGCAGUGGAAGAUGGGGAGGUGCUUUUUUGGACAGAAGAGCAGUGGUGGAAGAUGGCCAACGAACACCCGCUGAUGAUGAUGGAGUUGUCGAAGGCGGUCAUGCGCCAACAAGGCAGCCAUCAUCUCCAACGCGAUCCGGAGGCGAGGAUCUCUGAGCAAAUUGCAAUUUCGCCUGAUGUGGGUGAAGAAGCGAAGGUCACCAAUCCAAUCUUGCCCAUCCUGGAAGAAGACUCAGAGGAAGAGGAAGCCUUUGACAGUCAGGAUGAUGAAGAUGGUGUUCCCUUGGAGAAUCACAUGCUCACGAAGGUGGCCUCGGCCAAAGAGAUCAGGCGUACCAAGGAUGUCUUGUGCACGCCCAUUGUCCUUGGAGAUGCCUUCAACCGUGAGACCUUGACGAAGUUGCCUCAGCUUCAGACGAGGAUCUUGGAAAUGCACUUUGCACGUGCGCUUGGAGAACUUGGCUUCUUCAGGAAGGAUCCCUCGGAUGAAGGUAUCCUGCCUCAACUGCCGAGGAUCCUUUUGGACGACUUGCGUGUUGCUUUCUUCACCUUUGCUCAGCGUCCGGAUGACGACCCCAAGGCUGUGCCGAUCCUUCCAAAGAGAAGAGUCAUUGAUGCCCUCCUUUAUGUGGGUAUCUUCCAUGUUCUGGCCGAAGAUGUCAACUUGACGGACCUUUCCUUGGACGAAUUCUUGGAGCUUGGUCGAGAGUCACAUUUGGCAAGGCUGAGAAAGCCGCAGCUGGAGCAAAUUGAAGAACUCUGCAAGACCCAUGAGCACGAAGUCAAUGGACAAAUCAUGCUGCUGGUGACGGAUGUCUCUCGAAUGCUUGAGAAACUUCUGGGCAUUGAGAUGGACUUUGCUAUCAACGAUGCUGUGACCCAUGCAUGGGGGCAAGAGACGUGGCCAGACACCCAUGUGACCCAUGAGCAGUUUGCUGGCAUCGUCUCCUGGUAUGUGAAGCGCCGCGAACGAGACUGGAACGUCUUGGAAGGGAUUUUUGACCUCCUGGGCUGCGAGAAGUUGACUGGAGACCUCACACCUCAACUCUUGCAGGAGUGCCGUACCCGACAUUCGGAUGAGUGUCUGGAGGAUGAGACCGCAGUGGAGGAGAUGCUGUGGGCUGCUGAUUGGAUUCGUCGUGGCGAAGGUGGAGGCAAAGCGCUUGAUACGUGCAGUUUGUUCACCGUUUUCCUGACGAACCUGCAGCGUGGCAAAGGUGUGCUGCCUCCAAAGUGCGUAUUGUCCGAAGAAGGCGUGCGCCCGAACAGAGCUUGGAAGCGGCACGAGUACCGCGGCCAGAAGUCUAGGGCGGCCUCAUUCUACAUCAGGGAAAGCUUCUCGCGACGUUUGCUGGUCGAAGAUGAUGCUCCGAAGGCUGCCAUCUCACAAUCCACUUUUGGUGGAGGAGCUCCUAAGUGGGCUGAGUGUGUGGUGGAUCACUUCGAAAGGCCAGAGACAUCGCCAUCCGCUCGCUGUGUUGUUUACAGCAUGUUGUGUGUUGUGGUCUUAUCAGUGCUGGCAGUGGUCCUUGAGCCAAUGAUUUCAGGUGGCAACAAAGAGGAAUACUCGCCUGAAGAGUAUGCAUUUUGGCUCAGUCUGGACAUUUUCUUUGCAGUGGUCUUCACUCUGGAACUGCUUCUGCGACUGAUUGCCAACAUGGCUGCGCAACCCAAGGCAAAAUGCUGGGCCUUCUUUGCAUUCUUUUCGGAUCCGAUGAACGUCCUGGACUUCAUUGCGGUCACCGAAAUCUACCUGGACCACGUCUUCCAACUCCCUGUGCUGCGCACGCUGCUCCUGGAACGCUUCGCCCGGCUGGGCCGAGUUCUGAAGCUUUGCAAGUUGCGGACAUAUGGGUGCCCUUUCGUGGCGCCUUUGACAGCCACCUUGGUCGUGAUCAUGGGCACCUACAUGCUGGAGGGAGCCAAUCUGAAUCUUUUCGGGCGCUGAUAACAUGCAGUGAAAUUAGCUUCCAAUUUUUUGUGCCUAUGGGUGAGCAAUCCACUAGUUUGGGUGCUUGCUUGCACUCGAAGACCAUGACGCUGGAGUUUUGCCGUCUCCAC